AUGAAGUUGCGGGGCACCGACGAGGUGAGUGAGGACAUACAGGAGAUGAGGGAGGAGAGCCAGAAGAUGAUGAGGGAGAAGAAAGUGACCAUUCCUGAGCUGUUUCGCUCUCCCAUCUACCGCCAGCCCAUCUUGGUUGCCGUCAUGCUACAGCUGUCGCAGCAGCUGUCUGGAAUCAACGCUGUGUUUUACUACUCUACUGGGAUCUUUGAGCGAGCAGGUGUCUCACAGCCUGUGUAUGCCACCAUUGGUGCUGGGUUGGUCAACACUGCCUUUACUGUUGUUUCUCUGUUUGUGGUGGAGCAUGUGGGCCGACGACCUCUUCAUCUCAUCGGUUUGAUGGGGAUGGCGGUUUCUGCUGUUUUUUUAACUGUUGCCAUGGCGCUGUUGGACCAGCUCAGGUGGAUGUCCUAUGUCAGCAUCGUGGCCAUCUUCAGCUUCGUGGCCUUUUUUGAAAUCGGCCCCGGCCCCAUCCCGUGGUUCAUCGUAGCUGAGCUCUUCAGCCAGGGGCCCCGGCCUGCUGCCAUUGCAGUUGCUGGUUUCUGCAACUGGUCUGCCAACUUCAUAGUGGGAAUGAGCUUCCAGUAUGUUGAGCAACUCCUCGGUCCUUAUGUCUUCAUCAUCUUCACCGUUCUGCUGCUUGGCUUCUUCGUCUUCACUUACUUCAAAGUACCCGAGACGAAGGGUCGCACCUUCGAUGAGAUCGCAGCAGGUUUCCGUCACUCCUCCGGUCAGGGGGCUGAAAAGUACGCAGCUCCAGAAGAGUUCAACACGCUCAAGGGGGACGACCCUGACCUGUAGACGCUCUCGGCACGUAUGUGCAACAAGUCACCCUCGUUGUUUAACGGCUCGAUGUAACACUGCUGGUUUAACAUUCACAUUGAUAUUUAUAGAUCUAUAUUGUAACACGAGAUGUCAUUGUGGCCUUAGUCUGUAGCAGAAAUGAUUUUUUUAUUUCAUGAAUCUGCCAUAAAAGUGAAAAUAAUGCAGACUCUCCAACAGCUAAGACUUUGGUGAAUCAGAAAGAGUAAAUGGGGUUUGCCGUUUGCCAUGGCUGACUUCUUGCAUCAGUCUCAAGUUUGUUUUUGCUGUAUCUUCAUUUAUUGUAUUUACAGAAGCUAAUUAUUGAAUUUGUCAUUUUGGGUUUUGUAUUGUCUUCUACUUUAACCAGCUGUUUCAGUGUUAUAAUGUGUGUAAUAAGAUACAAUGUCUGAUAGGUCAAGUGUGUGAAAUGUGUGUAUGCUUCAUUAAUUUUAACAUUUUACUGUCUCCUGCAGUGCAAGAACUUUUCUAUGCAUACUGUACUUCUAUUUUUAUCAUCACAGGUAGUCAUAAGUCAAUGUUUUGGUACUUAAUACUUAAAUCAACUUUAUAUUGUGUCUAAUAGUUGUAUUUUAUUUGUUUAAAAUGUCUCAGUGUGUACCAGAAAAAAACAACAACCCUGAAAACAUUGUUUGUAUUAAUUUAUUUAGGCAUCGCAAAACAUUUAAAUUAAUGUCAUACAGUUUAAUGUUGUUGGUAUAUUAAACAGAGGGCCUGAAUGUGGUUUUCUUU